AUGCCGAGCUCCUUCCUCCUUGCAGCCCUGGCAACUUUCUCCCAGGUCCCGGGAGGGCUGGGUGUGUGUGUGGCCGGGGAGGGGGCAGAAGUCUGCCCGGCUGACCGCUUACGCCUGGCCCAGACCCAGGUCCCCGGGGACCUGAUCAGCAACCUCCCCACUCGCUGCGGCAAGCGCUUCCAGCUCUGGGCGGUCAACCUCUGCUGCAACGAGCGCUACCUGGCCUGGCGCAUCAAGAACAACAGCUUCUACCCGUUCACGCAGCUGCAGCCUAAGGUCUUCGUGCUCGAGUACUACCUGGACACGCUGUGGAAGGGCGCGCUGCUCUUCCUCGUCUGCCUCUUCCUCGUCAUCUUCGGCCUCGUGAGCCAGGUGCGCAACCAGGAGACGUGGGGCUUCCCGGCCUACGGCGUGGGCGUGGGGCUGUGGAUCACGAUCUCGUCGCUGCCGCGGCGCCGCCUGGUGCUGAACCACGUGCUCGGCACCUACCACUUCUCCAUCCAGGGCCGCACCGUGUGCCAGGGCCCCAUGCACCUGGUCUACGUGCGCCUGGCGCUCAGCUCCGACGCCCGCGGCAGGAGCUUCUUCCAGCUGGUUCUGUGCGGCCACAGGCUGGAGCCGCUCAUCCUCGUGCAGCGGUCGGAGCACUACGAGCUAGUGGAGUUCCUGGGACGGCACAUCGCCCGGAAGCUCAACAUUAACUACUUCGACUUCCUGACCACCUCCUACCGGCACGUGAUCCGCCACUGGCCGCUGGGGGUCCCCUUAGCCCCAGAGAACGACGUGGGAGGCUUCCUAAGCCCCUACUCGGAAAGCCAGUCAUACCUGGACGUGUGAGGCUGCCGCUCCGCUCCUGCACGG